UUGUCUAAACCACCCUUAUUUUAUGUAGCUACUACUUUAUGUCUAAAUAUCAUUCCAUCCAUUCUUCUUUGUCAACCAGAAGUUGGUCGUCAACAGCAGAGUGGUCCCUGUCUUCAGACAGGACGGAUCAGACGACUGAUUUCUCACCUUAAUCACUUUGGCCUUUGGCUCAUUGGCUUCAAAAUGAGACCAUGUCCUCCAGACUCGUCUUGCUGUUCCGGUCUUUGGUGUUCUCGGCGUCUGGCCGCAGAGGCUGACAGCUCUGCAGGAGGCUUGGUCUCGGUGGAAGAGUUAGAACAGGCCCUGAAGGAACAGAAGCACCGAAUGGCAAAAAUAACUAGUCUGCAUCAGUCUUGGUCCUCUCGUCUAUUGCUCAACAUUGGACUUGUGAUCAUUGUGGGCAUUGCAGUUACCGCCUUUAUCUUGUUCUCGCUUUACUUUGGUCAGGUCCCAAUUGGUCCAAUCCCCGUCUGGCACACCGACUCAGUUGACCUGGAACUAAACGCUACCUUGACUCAUCUGGCUGCCUACGGGGUCGUCCGGUUGGUUGAUGCUGGCGAACUUUAA